AUGAUUUAUGUACGUGUAUUAAUUGUUAAAAGUCUCGUAUCUUAUAAUUUAUCCAAGGCUGCAAUAACAGCAACUAGAUUUAGUUGUGUUAGAAGACAGUCGGAACUUAAAAUCGGGUAAAUAUUUUUAUUUUUACAAUACAAAUUCAAUUUUUGCUUACGUAUAUGUAAUAUGUUAUAAACACUCGUAAAUAAUGUGUUGUAUUACGAAUAGUGCAGGCGAAUGUCAAAUAUUGGACUAUCGAGUACAGCAGUUUAACACUUUUCCGGCCAUAGCUAUGGGCGUAGCAUAUGAAAGUGCGGCUUCACGGUUUUGGAACGUUUAUAAUAAUGUUGUUUCGAAAAUAAACCAAGGAGAUUUUGAACGAUUACCAGAGGUUCUUUUAUUAAGUACCUACGGCUUAUCUGAAAAUAAUCUGACGAAGUAUUCACUUUCAUGCUGUUUAAAAGCUGUAAGUUCGGCAGACGCUGCUGCGGCAAUAAAUGCAUGCCGUUUACCGCGUGGUGGUCGUGGAUGUAUGAAUUGCAGUAAUUUACCAAAUAUCUGA